GGUUGUUGGCUGUCGCAAAAAGUUCGACCCAAAAUUCCGACCAACAAAGCGCCGCACGGGCUAGAUCCACCCCAGACCCCUGUAGCCUCUCGGUAGUCGGUGUUGGCCGCCCAGGGUACAAGGCCUCCAGAUUCGACCGACACUCCUAUUCAAACAUCACACCCCACCAAGACAUACGGUCAGAAGAUUGCUUCUGAUACUCUGGGAUAGCACCUCUCCAAGUUUUUUGCUUUUUUGUAGAACCUCCAGCCCUACUCCACAAUGGCGCAGUCGGGGUACUCAAACCCGCUCAAGAAGUUCAAGCUCGUAUUCCUGGGCGAACAAAGUGUGGGAAAGACGUCUCUCAUCACCCGCUUCAUGUACGACUCGUUCGACAACACCUACCAAGCGACAAUCGGCAUCGACUUUCUGAGCAAGACCAUGUACCUGGAGGAUCGAACCGUCCGCCUGCAGCUCUGGGACACCGCCGGCCAAGAGCGAUUCCGCUCGCUGAUCCCCUCGUACAUCCGCGAUUCUAGUGUGGCCGUGGUGGUAUACGACAUCACGAACAAGAAGACAUUCGAGAACACAAGGAAGUGGGUCGACGAUGUUAGAGGCGAGCGCGGCAACGACGUUAUCAUCGUGCUGGUCGGCAACAAGACCGACUUGAACGAUAAGCGCGAGGUCACUACGGCCCAGGGUGAAGAGGAAGCCAAGAAGAACAACUUGAUGUUUAUCGAGACGAGCGCCAAGGUCGGACACAAUGUAAAGGCACUGUUCAAGAGAAUCGCGCAAGCGUUACCGGGUAUGGAGGGCGAAGGUCAACAAGGGCAGAGUCAGAUGAUCGACGUGAACAUCAACCCCUCGCAGCCACCAGCAGACUCGUCGUGCGCGUGUUAGAUAAGACAUGGCUGUCCGGCAGUCAAUUCGGUUCAAUCGCUCGAGGGCGUACUGUAAUUAUUUGGGAUGAUUUGCAAGUCUGAGGAAGUCAUUGUCAGCAAGGCGUUCAGGCAAUCAGGCAUGGGCUGCAUGCAUCUUAACGUCGAACACGUAAUCUCUAGUAUAGCAGUGCGUACCCAAGCGUACGACUGCAUGACGUCAAUGGAGAGAUGCCGAGUGCUGUUUGGAUUGUAUGCAUUGGAAGCCCACAUCUAUGCCAACGCCCGCCCCAGCCAGAUGGAUCACGCUCAACCGGAACGCCGGCCGUGGAAUCGACCGACCGCGCUGAUGCUGAUACAUGUACAAGAAUAUUACAGGGGGUCGUCAUCAGAUGGAGUGGGGUCCAAAAAUGCGUGCUGAAUUCAUCGAAGUGCUAUCGUCUUUUUACUCGAGGUCGCCUGCCGAGCCAGCCUCAGACGGUGUCUUGCUGCCGCCGACGGGGAUUG